AUGUUGUCUCAAAUUUACGAUUACGUGAUUAGUUUUGUGACUAGAACCUCUCAAGCUCAAAGAAUCCUUCUCGACCUUGAUCUGGUUGACAUCAUCUUUUCUUUAUUAAAGGAUUUGGAGCCGGUCAGUUACAAGGUUCAUGACCCGAAAGUUUUAGCUGAGUUCCAGUCCCAUUGUGGACAAAAUUUGAAUCCAUAUAUAUUUUCUGAAAUACAAAGCGGCUCUAAAGAACAUGAAAGAAUUGCUGAUUUAGUCAUGAAAAACCUGGAAAUAGACCCCAAAUAUCGCCACCUGGUCCUGGAUUCCGUAGUCCAAAUGUGUAAAUUCUAUUCAGACUUAAAGAAAUUUGAUGAAACUUGUCUAGUAGAAAUUUCAGAGAAGAAUCAUGGCAAGCAUUUUGAAAAAAUUUGGAAAGUACUAGAGAAUAGGAAACCCCCGAAAUCUUUGCAUGUUAGCAAGUCCGACGAUGCUAAUAGUUGGGGAUGUUUAGGGUUCCAAAUGCCCUUAACUGAUUUUAGGAAAACUGGUUUACUGGGACUUUUGUCCCUAGCAUACAUGGUAGAAACAUACCCUGAAAGUUCUAAAAAAGCCUUAGAGUUGUCUAGGAGGGAACAAAAUUGGUUUCCGUUUACACUUACGAGCAUUAACGUGACAUCUUGGGUGCUGGAUUUCUACAAUGAAGGGAAACUUAACUGCUUUAGUUACAACAACGACUCCGAACCCCUAGAAACCUUUUAUACCCUGCAUUCCUAUUUCUUCCUAAAUUUUGUCAAAUUUUUUCUCAAUUCAAAUCUAAGUAAUGAUAUAUUCAAUUUUAACAAGAUAUCUAAAGAGUACAAAGCUGAACUAAGCAAUAAAUUUAAAAAAAUGGUUAAUGAAAAUAAAUCGCUUAAUUUACAUGGAAGCAACUUGUUAAAGCUGCUUAAAGAGGAAUUAAAUGUGUUAGAACUAUAUGUUACACGUUAA